AUGGCUGCUCCAAGACUGCCCUUUCUCUAUCCGAAUUUGAUGCGCGCAGUCCGUUCGUGCGAACCCACGACGUACCGCUCCAUUCGAGGUCCGGUUCGCAGCAAGCGUGCUGCCUUCCACACCACCCGACGACAUGAAGAAGAGGCAUAUCAUCGACGAUACGGACCGGCAGCCGAAGCGAAUCUUCCACCAUCCCUCCGGCCCAAGGACGAAGAAGAAGCUAGUAAACCUGCCCGAGACCCACCCGCGGAGAAGGAGAAGAGGGACAGCUCCAAGAGUCAGCAGAAGCAGACCAUCGGUCAACUCGACCAAUCACGGCAAGAAGAGUCCAAGAAUAAUGCAUCUAAUCAAUUCUCGCCGGCUGAGAAGGAAGUGACUGUGGAGUCGAAAGAGAGUGAAGCACAAGCUGAGGAGGCGGAAUCGCAAGAUGAGGCCAGGAUAAGCGCUGAAGAAGCCAAUAAUGCGUUUUCCUCGUCGGCUGAGCACCCGGAGGAGGAACAGAAUGUCCAUCGCCACAUUCAGGAUAACCCUCUGGACGGUGUCUUCCAUAUGCCGUCUCCUUCGACUUAUCUCACGCCGACUCCAUCGGGACCGUCCGGUGACAAACCGCCACACUUGUCUCCGGCCCCCUAUGUCCACCACUUCGAUACCUAUUCGCUGGUCCGCGAUCUCUCCAAAGGCGGUUAUGGUGAGGAGAACGCCAUAACGAUAAUGAAAUCCGUCCGGCAAAUUCUACAGAACAACAUCAACCUCGCAAAGGAUAGCUUAACAUCUAAAUCCGACGUCGAGAACGAAACGUAUCUAUUCAACGCUGCUUGCUCAGAACUGCAGUCGUCCCUUCAAACUGCCCGGAAUUCGGAAGUGCAGAGGCAACGUGCUUCCCGGACGCAACUACAACAUGAGAUCGACAUUCUUUCUCAAAGAUUCAACCAGGAGCUUGCAGGACUGAAGGACGACAUCAAGGGAAUGUUCAACGACCACAAAAUGACCUCGAGAGAACACCAGCGGAGUAUCGAUACGUCUGUCCAGGAGCUGAACUACAAAAUCACAGUUUCGUUGAACAGUGAUGGCAAGAGUGAAAUUGAGGGUCUGCGGUGGAUUCUGACCAGAAGAGCCGCUAUGGCUGUCGCAACGAGUGCUAUCAUGAUCAUCAUUUUCCUCAAGUACUAUUCCGUCCGCAAAGCCGGUACCGCUGAAAAGAAGAAAGAAGAGGCGGCAGUCAAAGAUGUCAAGGAGACCCGGAUCAUUCAAGACACGCCUGAGGUUUUGCCGUCAUCACUGGCACCAGGAGCCGACGUUGGCGAGUCUCUGGGUUAG